AUGCCCCCCUCAGCAGACUUGAAGGCGCCAGAGCCUGAACAUUGUCCGGGACCAGAAUCAGAAGACGCAGGGAAGGGAGAUGCCUGUAACGGCUGUCCAAAUCAAAAUAUUUGUGAGUCUCUACCGAAAGGUCCCGAUUUGGAUGUGGCCAUUAUCACCGAGAAGCUCAAGAAUAUCCGUCACAAAAUUCUAGUGUUGUCAGGUAAAGGUGGUGUUGGUAAAUCAACAUUUACUUCUAUGCUAGCGUGGGCAUUGGCAGCAGAUGAGGACCUCGAAAUCGGCGCAAUGGAUUUGGACAUUUGUGGUCCAUCAUUACCGAGAAUGCUUGGAUCUGAGGGAGAAACCAUCCAUCAGUCGAAUUCGGGUUGGUCACCUGUAUACGCAGCCGAUAAUUUGGGGCUAAUGUCAAUUUCUUUCAUGCUUCCUGACCCAGAUUCGGCGAUAAUUUGGAGGGGUGCAAAGAAAAAUGGCCUUAUCAAACAAUUUUUGAAGGAUGUAAAUUGGGGUGAGCACCUAGAUUAUUUGAUUGUGGACACCCCUCCAGGAACUUCUGAUGAGCAUUUAUCAGUUAGUACGUACAUGAAAGAUGCUGGCAUAGAUGGUGCACUCAUAGUGACGACGCCCCAAGAGGUGGCUCUUUUAGAUGUGAGAAAGGAAAUUGAUUUUUGUCGGAAGGCAGGUAUCAAAAUUCUUGGGCUUGUCGAAAACAUGUCCGGUUUUGUUUGUCCAAACUGUCACGGGGAGUCGCUUAUUUUCAAACCCACGACGGGAGGUGGUGAGCAACUAUGCCGCGAUAUGAACAUACCUUUUCUAGGCUCAGUUCCUCUUGAUCCUCGUAUUGGUCAAGCAUGCGACCUGGGAUUGAGUUUUUUCGAGGAACAUGCGGACUCUCCAGCCUCAACAGCUAUUCUUGAUGUGGUUGAUCUUUUGAGGGACCAAGUUGAGCUACUGUUAGAUAAAUUGACCAUGGAUGAGUAA